AUGCUCAAACCCAGCUUCGCCUACGAGAUAAAAGACGUGACGCACAAUAACGGAAUUCUGCCGAUUAGCUUAGGAAUUGUGAAGCAUGAAGGUAGCAGCAGGAUGAACCGAGGAGGGAGGAGAUGGCUGAUCCUGGUGGCGGUAGGGCUGUUCUUCCUUUACGUCACUUACAAGCUGCAGUAUUGCUCCAACUCCUCAGGCCCAGGAUCAGUCAUGUUGUCCAAAGAGAACUUCAUGGUCGGCAAGAACAACCGGAUUUACCAUUAUGACCGACUCAUGCCGCUCAUCUUUAUCGGCGGGGUGCCUCGGUCGGGCACGACUUUGAUGAGGGCGAUGCUCGACGCCCAUCCUGAAGUCAGAUGCGGACAAGAAACAAGAGUGAUACCUAGGAUCCUGCAAAUGAGGACUCAUUGGAUUAAGUCCAAAAAGGAGACAUUCCGGUUGGAAGAAGCAGGCGUUAACAAUGAGGUCCUGGACGCUGCAGUCGCUGCGUUUUGCUUGGAGGUGAUCGCCAGGCACGGCGAGCCUGCUGAAAGGCUCUGCAACAAAGACCCACUGACACUGAAAGCAGCCGACUACCUGUCCUUGCUCUUUCCCAACUCCAAAUUCAUUUUUAUGGUCAGGGAUGGCCGAGCGACAGUCCAUUCCAUCAUAUCAAGAAAGGUGACUAUAACAGGGUUCGACUUGACAGAUUACAGGCAGUGCAUGACUAAGUGGAACGACGCUAUCAAAGUGAUGUACGAUAAGUGCCUGUCGGUGGGAAAGUCCCGUUGUAUGAUUGUUUACUAUGAACAGCUCGUCUUGCACCCGUCUGCUUGGCUACGGAGAAUCCUCAACUUCUUGGACGUGGAAUGGGACGAUGCCGUGUUGCACCACGAGGACCACAUUAACGAGCCCGGCGGUGUACUUCUGUCCAAAGUGGAGAGGUCGUCCGAUCAAGUCAUCAAGCCGGUCAACAUAGAAGCGCUGACCAAAUGGGUAGGCCAUUUUCCAGAAGACGUCGUCCGGGACAUGGCCACUAUCGCUCCCAUGCUCUCCAGGCUCGGGUACGACCCAAGGGCGAAUCCUCCGAACUACGGUCAGCCGGACUCAAUAGUCCUGGACAAUACGCGAAAAGUCAAAGAGAACAGCAAAGAGUGGGAGCAAAAAGCCGGCGAACUUCUCAUGAAAGGCUCGUCACCGGAAAACGCGUGA